GGAGUAAUCCACCAGCACUGAGUGAGUGAGUGUGUGUGUGUGUGUGUCAAUGUGUUUGUGUGCGCCAGAGGAUCAAGAUCAAACAUCACCUACCUGAAAAUCACGCCUCAGUUCGAGUGAAGAUGCAUCCGGUGCGAGUGUCGAUCCCGUCUUUUCGCUCAGAAAACAGCUCGGUGGAGAAAGGAUACACGGUCUUUAAAAUUGACGUGUUGAUGAACGGCAGACAGCAUGCUGUUGAGAAACGCUACAGCGAAUUCCACGCUUUGCAUAAAAUGCUGAAGAAGACCAUAAAGCCACCCGAGAUCCCCUCGAAGCAUGUGAGAAACUGGGUUCCCAAGGUCCUGGAGCAGAGGAGACAUGGCUUAGAGCUCUACCUGCAGACUAUAAUUAUGGAAAACGAGGUCCUUCCAAAGAUAUUCCUGGAUUUCCUGAACAUCCGCCAUUUUCCUUCAGUGCCAAAAACAGAAAGUUGUGGGUCGUUUGAUACAGAAUCACUGGAGUCGAGUAAACUUUCACAUCAGCCGGUCAUGCUGUUUCUGAGAGACCCCUACCUGCUGCCAGCUGGACACGAUGAAUUUUCUAACGUUGUGAUCGAAGGCGUGGUGCACGGAGUUUACUACCCAGAUCUUCAGCCGAGGUAGAGCCUCCAAGCCGAAUCUGAGGGGACGUCACUACAAACGGGAUGCUUCUUUUUUUUUUUCUGCACCAUUUCAGGUGUGCUUCAUGAAGAACAUAACACGUUAGGACACACUGAGCCCUUCACAUCUUCCAAAGCAAAUAACAAGAAUCCAUUCUUUUAUUUUUGUAAGAAAGGACGCCAGGACUCAGCACAUUUUAAAGCAUAAACACUAUAUUAUCCGUUUUCCACUAACAAACUCUCCGCUGUAAAAAUGAAGUGAAACUGUUUGACUGGUUACUAGGAUGUGUUCAAGCACAGAGGCGCAUUUUCCGAAAAAAUAGAGCUCGAUACAUUGUAACUUAACUUUAUUUUGUAAAAAACAUAACCAGCAAAAUUCACAUGGAGGAUCAACUGGAAUUAGAAAUGUGAGGCUCAUAAGAGCAACGGACCUGAUUAUAUUCUUUUUUUGGUUUGUUUUAGUCACCCUACAGUGUAUUCUGAAUGACUCUUGCACUCUCAUGAACUGAAAAAGGGUUAGUGUGCCAGACGCACAGGAGCAUUUCUGGCAUCUAAAGCACAGGGUUAGACUGAGCUUGAUGGAUCAUGGCCUGCAAACAGGGAGGUGCCCUUCUCUAUUUUAUCUCCAGUGAUGUGGUGUUUCUGUUUAUUUCGAGCUGCCAAAAGGAGCCUGCUGUGGGAGUGCUGUGGGUGAAUUCUUUUUUUUUAGGGACUGAAGAGGGUGUUUUUGCGUUUUGGUGGAGCCGACAGCGAGACGUUAGGGUGGAAAUGACUGACUUUUUAAACACGCUCUGGCUGUGAUAUUGACGUCUUUCACGAAGUCUGUGAGAAGUACUGUAGUGUUGAUAUUUGUGCUAGUGAGCUCGCUAUGAUGAAGUGACAAAGACUGAAAUAUGUGCCACAGCUGACUAGUAGAUGCAGAUGGGAACGGUGCAAUUACUUUGGCUUCACUUGCGUUUUCCGUUCCCUCAGCAGAUUUUCCCACAUUAAAAAAAAAACAGGGAAUCUCAGCCUUUUGAAAUUAAGGGUUUGCUCAGUCGUCAUCUUAAACGCACACCACCGACUUAGAUGAUAAGAGAGCCUCCAGUUCUCAACCCAGCAGAGAAAAAAAUAAGAAAUGUGUGUAAAAGCUGUAGGUACACGUAGAUUUCUCACUGUUUGUGCAUGACUUUGCAGAUCGUGUUCAUUUGUUUUAUGGGAACAAUUUGUGACCCGUCUCUAACACUAACGCACUCGUAUUAAUGUUUAAAUCACAAAUAUAAUCGAGGGUCAGUUAAGUUGUGGUAACUGGAAGCAUAGUUGGCGCCGCCGUGUAAAAGGGUGGUGGUUUAGCAGACUUACAGCCAGUAAAAUAACAGUGCAAUAUGAUAUGAAACACAAAACUUUGUCUUUAUCUUGCUGCCUGGAAUUUAUUUCAUGUAAAACUUUAAAAUCUAACACCCUUCGAUGACUGGUAGCUUUUGAUGAAACUUUGUCACUGGACACUCUUCGGACAGCAAUUAAUAACCUAAUAAUUUUUUUUUUUUUAACGUGACUGGACCUCCACUACACAUUUAUAGCCAAACAAUGAAUAAUGAAGAGAUUGUGAUUGUGUGUCUUAGCAAAUCAUUGCCUGGAAAUCCAUGUUGUAGAUUUAUAUGUAUUUAUAUUGUGUGCCGUGUGUCAUUCUGUGCCAUA